AUGGCUGGACCGCUCCGCUCACACUCGCGCAGUAACACAGCACAAACUUCCCCCAAAUCCACCCCGAACCCUAGGUUUAGCCUGCGCCGCCGCCCCUCCGAUUUAUCCGCAGGCGUCGCCUCCGCCGCCCCCUCUGAUGGAUCCAGGCACGCUGCGCCGCAGGGUCCCCUCCCUGGAUCAGCAGAAGGAGGUCUUCGAGGUCUCCACCAAGCCUCCAUCCGCCGCCGUGUCCACCGGGCAUUCCGAGCUGCGCAGCCUUCUCAUCCACUCAGUGGUGUUCGCGGUGGUAAUCCCUUCUUUGAUCUCCUACUCCGGCGGCGAGCAGGUGCGAGCCAGCUGGACAUUGUCCCUGUUUGUUAUCCUAUACCUGUUUGGCUGCUCCGUCUCCUACUCCACCUCGUCUACGCCCUUAGCCAAGAUGUUUUUGCACUCUCCUAUGUCGGCCUGCUAGCGUUUGUUGUGCACACUUUGUUCAGUAGUGUGCUGGGCGUGGUGUUCAUCUAUUCAGACUCCAUCCUAGCUGCUGGCCUCUUUGGCAGCGUUCUUGCCCAGCACAGGGAGGUCAAUGGAAGAGAGACUGCAGCCGCCGUUGCUUUCUCGAAGGCCCCCUUUACCCGCAUAUACUAUAGGCAGGAUGGGAUCUACCCCUUCUUAGCUUUUUUUGCCUUGUUUGGUGCUAUAUGCUGGGUCAUGCGUCCAGAAGGUCACUACGAUGCCCUCACCACUGUGAUGAACCUAUUCGCAGCCAUUGCAUGCCUAGAAUUCAUUCUGACUGUAUGUGUCCUAGGCUGGUUAAAUGGAGCUGUCUUUGGUAUGGAUAGCGCUCCUCCUGUAGUCUUUAUCUUUGCCGCCAUAGGCAUGCAAUUCCCUAUCUCGUAUCUUCUCGGCGGCAAGCUUGUCGCGGCCAUCAUCUUGUGGCUGUGUGUUCUUGCGUCAACCGCGUUUCUUGGAUACUACCUCAGGGUUCAUGCCACCUACGAGCAGAUGAUGUUCACUAGGGAUGCUAUGAAAAUCAGGAAUGCCAGGACAAUCAGGAACUCUGCAGGAGUUGUGCCUACCAAAUCGAACACUCCAACUCCAGCUACAGCUUCAUUCACCAAGGAGACGAACACCGAUGCCUCUGCAGCAGCUGUGUCUCCUUGACGAUCAAAGCUACGGCUUCAUGCACCGAGGAGAUGAAACGCUGAUGCCUCUGCAGCAGCCGCGUCUCCAGACAAGCAGACGAUCAACCAGUUCGCUGCAUGAUUUACCACUGUUUGAUGGUUCUAUAUAUAUACUAAUAGCUGGCGGAUGCAAUUAUUCUAAGAGACUGCUAGUACUACAUGGUGUCCCUAGCAUAUACAUAUUAUUAUUGUAAUGAACUGGUGGAAUCGUUUGUAGAUAGAGCUAGUAUGUGGAAGUACUAAUGCGAAGAGGUCCUUCUAGUCUAUUGCAACCAUAUGA